AUGGUGCAUGGCAGUGAGAUAGUUGGUAACGAGAUGAUCCAUGGCAACGAGAUGGUAGUUCAUGACAGUGUGAUGAUCCAUGGUAACGAGAUGGCUCAGGAGAAUGGGUUCCAUGGAAGUGCUGAGAUGGUUCAAAGGAGUAACAUGAUCCAUGGCAAUGAAAUCAUUCGAGUUAAUCAACCAGUUAACGAGGCGAUCAAUGGUGAUAAGAUGGCCCAUGGCAAUGAAUUGGUCGUCGUGGAGGCGGCGAUUCCGCCAACCGCAUCAAGACGCCGGAGGAAGAAGUCGGUGGUCUGGGAGCACUUCACGAUUGAAGAAAUGCCCGGGGGGGAUUCACGGGCUUCCUGCAAUCUAUGCAAGCAAUCCUUUGCAUACAGCUCUGGCUCAAAAAUUUCUGGGACCAGCCAUCUCAAGAGGCACAUCUCCCUGGCUUCAUGUCCGGUGUUGAAGUAUGAAGACAGGAAACUGGCACUGCCCUUAGCGACAGUAACUGACAAUGAUGGUGAGGGUGCUGCUGCAGCAGAACGUCCUGCUAAGAGGCGUUACAGAUCUACCACCGGCACAUUUGAUCAGGAUCGCACUUGCUCGAACCUGGCGAAGAUGGUGAUCUUGCAUGGCUACCCACUACACAUUGCUGAGCAGCGAGGCUUCACUGCGUUGAUUGGGAGCCUGCAGCCUCGUUUCAGGGUGGUAGGUGUUGAUACAAUUGAGGGACAGGUGCAUGCUGUUUAUCAGAAAGAGAAGAAGAACUUGAUGCAGGUGUUCAGCACUAUGCCUGGAAGGGUCAGCCUCACUGUAGGACUGUGGACAACCACCCAGACCCUUGGCUAUGUUUCACUUGCAGCGCAGUUUAUUGACACCGAGUGGAGAGUGCGUCGAACAAUGGUUAACUUCACGAUGGUGUCUUCGCCGCAUUCAGAGAAUGCACUUAGUGAAGCUAUCAGUACAAGCCUCUCAGACUGGAACAUGAAGGACAGGCUAUUCACCAUCACAUUGGAUAAUGAUCAUUCGUCACAUGAUAUCUACAGUGCAAACUUGGUAGACUCUCUAUCCAAGAAGGGCAACCUCAUCAUCAAGGGCCAGUUGUUUGUUGUCAGGUGCUAUGCACAUACACUGAAUGCAGUUGCUCAAGAUGUUGUUGCUUCUAUUCAGGGUGUGAUUUAUCAUAUCCGCGAAAGCAUAAAGUUCAUAAAAUCUGAUUCUGUCCACGAGGAGAAGUUUGCAGAGAUUGCUCUGCUGUUGGAGAUCCCCAGUGCAAAGACCCUUUGUCUGGAUGUGACAACCCAGUGGAAUACAACUUAUCUUAUGCUUCUGGCUGCAUUGGAUUAUCAGCAGGUAUUCAAAGCAUUAGAGACUUGUGAUGUUAACUACAAUGAAGCACCGUCUGCAGAGGACUGGAAGAAGGUCGAGGCAGCAUGCGGCUAUCUGAAUCUGCUCUAUGAUUCUGCACACAACAUCAUGGCUGCACCAAAUCCAACUUCAAAUAUAUUUUUCCAUGAGGCAUGGAAGCUUCAGUCAGAGCUCUGUAACGCCAUCGCCCACGAAGAUCCAACCCUCAGGAGCAUUGCCAAAAUCAUGCACGAGAGGCACGACAAGUACUGGAAGGACUGCAACCUCGUGCUGGCCAUCGCCGUUGUCAUGGACCCGCGAUUCAAGAUGAAGCUCGUCGAGUUCAGCUACUCGAAAAUCCAUGGCGUUGAGGCCGCAAAGCAUGUCAAGGCGGUGGAUGAUGCCGUCCACGAUGUCUACAGCGAGUACGCCGUGCAAGGGGAAGAAGCCGAUCGAGACACCCAUGUAAGCUGCAGGAACACUGCUGCUGUGUCAACCCCACCCAACGGCGACGAACUCUUGGACUUCGACGUGUAUCUCUCGGAGAUUUCGGUGAGCAGGCCGUCGAAGUCUGAGCUAGAUCAGUACCUGGAAGAAGCCCUGCUGCCUCGCGUCCAAGAGCUCGACGUCCUGGAGUGGUGGAGGCUCAACACGCUCAAGUUUCCGACGCUCUCCAAGAUGGCUCGUGAUGUACUGGCCAUCCCGGUGUCCAUGGCGAGCGGUGGCGGCAGCUCCAUCUUUUCGGCGGCGGCAACCGGAAGCCGGAUGCUCGAUGACUACCGAAGCUCCCUGCGUCCUGAAACUGUGGAGGCUCUUUUCUGUGCGAAGGACUGGCUACGGUAG